CUCUUAGCAUUUGGGAAGGAGUACACUCUUGCCAUAUCCGAAGUUCUUUAGUUCGCAGAGUAGUCUGUGAUCAUGCUUGCAUAUUGUUGUACAUGAUACUCGAUUAGAGUUAAUUAGUUAGCUGAAUGCAUUAAGAACUUUGCUCUCAAGAAAAAUCAAAUGCAGCCUCUGCAACAGGCAUUGGGGAUGCUCUGAGACAAUAAUAAUGGACUUCCUGGUAUAUGCUCAUCAGAGGAAGAGAUCCAGGAUCCUGGCGUGCUGGUGCAGGAAGUGGCAUCCUGUUAGGUCACUGAACAGCAGGGAGAUACUGACUGGUUGCUAGCAUACUGGUUUAGGCU